UAGAGAUCGUCCUCGAAGCGAGAGCGGUGCACGCGUUGCACUAGUCAUUGUGCGGUUGCACUUCGCACGCACGGCCGUCUGAGUGACCUAAUAGUGGCUGGAGGGAGGGACCGGGAAGGUGCGGGGAGCGGCCCGCGCUGCCGCUCGUGCGGUAGGUCGGGCUCACUGCGCGCGCCCGCCGCCCGUCGCCGACAGUGGAAAACUUUCUUUGCGACUUUUCCUCGCGUAAACAAAACCGCGCAAAGAUUUUCGCUCGCGCGCUCAUAAGUCUAACAUCGCCCAAAUGACCGACACAGAUGUAACUAUUUUAUUCCCAAUGAUACGAGUGCAAACGUCUAUAUUAUUGCUCAGUUUUUAAAUUCGAUGGACCGAGUGAUUUGGGAUGUAAGCUUCGACACCGGAGCCGGUAAUCGUACCAACCAGCGCAUAUGGAUUUAGUAAUAAAAAGUCGGUAAAGUUUCUGAUUUAUUGCUUACGUUUUAAACUAAUCGAAUAUAUAAUUCAUCUAUAAAAUUAAAUAAAUAACAUUAUGUGAAAAUAAUGUUCAAAUAAUAAAAUACGGGUUUUAAUUCAUAAUAUUUGUGUGAAACUUAUAAUUAUUGCUUUUGAAAUAAUUAAAGCGUCGAUGUUCGGGAAAGCUGCAGUUAAACAAAAUUAUAUUUAUAACCUGACCGUAGAGCCCUUUGUGAUGUUGUUAUAGCGCGUUGCGGGCACAAGCGCAACGCUUCCGGGCGCCGCAUCUGCGCUCGCGCCGCUUUCACUUUCACCUCGCUCACAGCGCCGCAUCUCGCGUUCACCCGUUACAACGUGAGUCGGCAGCCGACACCAGUACGUCGUCGCCAGACCCAGGUCCACCGUCACCGCGCAUGGCCGAGGCCGGGUGCAGCACGCCGCCGCACCCACCACCUGUGUUCGACGGCGGCGGAUCGCCUUCGCCUUCGCCUUCGUGCCACCCUACAGUCAUCCGCUCUGCACCACCUUAUUCAGUCAUUAAAUUUGAAGGAGCUCCUGUUGUCAAAACUGAAAGUUCCCAAAUUAAUAAACACGAAUCUGCACCUUCAUCAGUUAAACUUGAAGCUGCACAACCAGAACCUCCUCAGCCUUAUAGGCCACGUGCUCUUGCGCCACCUCCGCAAAGUCCGCAUACAGCGCUUUCACCGGGACACUGGCCACCCGCUGCUUGUAUCAACGGUGUGAAGCCGGAGCUCAUCGGCGGUCAUUUCCCACCUCAACCAUUAGAACAAAAAUCAGGAUCUCGAAAUACGCAAUGGCGCGGUGCGCCAGCUGUUAUCAUGGGCGAAUCUGGAGGUGUUCGGACUAUGUUUUGGACAUUACCCGCACCAACCACUAGUGGUGAGCCAGCAGCAAGUGCGUCGCAUACGCCGACACCACCAACCCCUGACCCGGGUACGUGUAGUGAAGAGUCCGCAGCACGAUUGCUGCUUAACCUCGGUGGAGAAUUAAGGCGACCAAGAGGACCAAGAUUAGAUAUGGAGCUUCUCUGGGCUGGAGAUGUCUCGCAGCUGCCAGCGCAUCAACAAAUGCAUGCAUUAAAUCUCAGUGCUGCAGCAGGAACUGUUUCAGGUUUACCAGGUGUUGCAAGUGCAAGUUCUUUAUCAACUCGUCCAGAACUUCGAACCUAUGCCCCUGAGGCAGAUCGUGAAGAAGAUGAACAACCUAUGAUAUGUAUGAUAUGUGAAGAUAAAGCAACGGGAUUACAUUACGGCAUUAUAACAUGCGAAGGUUGCAAAGGGUUUUUUAAAAGGACUGUACAAAAUCGUCGAGUGUACACUUGUGUUGCUGAUGGUGGCUGUGAAAUCACAAAAGCGCAACGGAAUAGAUGCCAGUACUGUCGUUUCAAGAAGUGUAUAGAACAAGGAAUGGUUUUACAAGCUGUUCGAGAGGAUCGUAUGCCUGGCGGCAGGAAUAGUGGUGCCGUGUACAACCUUUACAAAGUUAAAUAUAAGAAACACAAGAAACCAAAUACGAAAGCAGCGACCACAACCAGCCGAGCAUCACCACCAGAAAAACCUAAAGACCCUUUACCACCCCUCCCACCGCACCUCGUUAAUGGGACCAUACUAAAGACUGCAUUAACAAACCCCAGCGAGGUGGUACAUUUGAGAGCAAGACUGGAAAGCGCAGUAUCAUCAUCUCGAGAUCGAGCCGUUCCUUUGGAAAGGGCGCUGCAUAUGAUCCGAGCUCUCAUCGACUGUGAUGCUAUGGAAGACAUUGCAACCGUACGUCAUCUACCUGAUCUCCUCCACGACACGUCCGAAAUUGGCGACAAACUUUGUAAAAUUGGAGACUCCAUUGUACAUAAAAUGGUCGCGUGGACGAAAAAGUUACCAUUCAUAAUGGAAAUUCCUAUGGAGAUCCAUUCUAAGUUGUUAAUGGAGAAGUGGCACGAGAUCUCAGUUUUAACAACAGCGGCAUACCAAGCAAUGCACGGGAAACUCGCUCAUGCACCACCGUCGUCGGAUCAUGAACAUGAUUUCAUGCAAGAGGUAAAUGCCAAUUUAAGGACAUUACAAAAUUGCCUGACAUCAUUGAUGGGUAGGCCGAUAACCCUGGAACAGCUCCGACUGGAUGUGGGACUGGUGGUCGAGAAGAUGACUCAAAUAACCUGCGUAUUCCGUCGCAUUCAGCUCAGAAUGGAGGAGUACGUGUGCUUGAAGGUCUACAUAUUGCUUAAUCAAGAAGUGGAGUUGGAAAGUAUUCAGGAUAGGUACGUGCAAGUAUUGCGCAGUUACUUAGAACACGCUGCACCCCACCAUCCUGGCAGACUUCAGGAGCUUUUCGCUCGGAUACCCGAGAUACAAGCGGCGGCAAACCUGCUACUAGAAAGUAAAAUGUUCUACGUACCGUUCGUGCUAAACUCGGCUGAGAUCAGAUAGUAUAUGGCGCAGCAGGGCGUCUAGUUCUCGAUGUACGAGCGGCAGACCCCCGUCCCGCGCCCGCGCCAUCCCCGCCAGCCCUGCACCCUCGUCACAUAACCGACCUGUGUUCACUCCAGAGUCAGCAGAACGUUCCUACUCGACCGGACACCGACAAUAAACACGGCUCGGAUCAUCUUCGGAUCGAGACGGAGCCACCACAGUGCGUGGACUCCUUAUAUUCGCUAAACAUUGAACUGAGUGAGUGUGGAUAGUGCGGUAUUAUACCUUUGUUGAAUCGAUGUGUGUAUUGGCUUAUUGUUUAGUAGAGGAAUUAAAACGUCCCAAUUGACAGACUGAUUUAUCAUAAAAUAUAGAUAUUAUUUAAGUACCAGGGACUCGGAUGCGUGUUUUAUACGUGGUAGUGUAUACUACUUAGUGUUAAAUAGAGUAAAUAUAUAAUUAUGUUACUAUUUAAAUACGUCAGUCGAAGAAUCGCAUAAUAUAUUAUUUCUGUACAUAUAGAUUGUAACUUAACAUAGUUUCGUAGUUAAGGUCGUUGUUUAUAGACAUAAUUGUUUCUUGUAAAUGAAAUAUUGCUGUUUUAGUUUGCAUUUUAUAUCUAGAUUUAAACCGGUUGUCUCGCCGGGUGUGUAAUAUCGGAAAUUUUCUAAUUUUAUUUUAUAUGACUUGUUCGUAAUUAAGUAGCACUAAGUACCUACUCUCAGUGUUUACCAAGACUGCUUGUAUAAAUCUGUAACGUUUUUACGCAAAAGUAAUGAAGCGCGGCUUCGCGCUCGUCUCCGUAGUCACAACUUAUGCAUUUUUAUUGCCUAUAUUUCGCAAAUCACUUAUGCAUAUAAUCUCGUUCUAACUCUUACUUUACUCUGGUCUAACUAGAUAUAAGUGACCGGUAGGCAUUGUCGAGCCGUGACGUGCUGAUGGCGACCGAGUAAGUUGUUGAAUCGUCCGCCGCUGUUUCGCUUAGGCAAAGACGGUUCGAAGAUUUACUUAUCGUAUUAUACUUUGCUUCCUUUGAUGUGUUCAAGUGUAAUUUAUGCUCAAUACCAUUAACUUCAUCAGACGUCUGCAUGAUAUCAUCAUUACACUAGAUCUUAAUAACUGUCAAGGCACUUAUAAGUAUUAAUUUUAUCGGUAUCAGAAUUCUUUAAGAUCCAUUAUCAUUCAUACUAUUUGAAUAUCACAUGACAUUCGUUGCAAAAAUUUUCGAAGACUGCGUGGCCGUUAUAUGUUAAUUCUCUAGGAAUGUGGCAAAUAUUUUUUAUACCAUUUCACUGAUUCUAAAUUAUCAGAUAAGUAGGACUUAGACAAAGGGUCUGCGACCAAACCAUUCGCAACUUACCCAAGAUUGCUCUAAGGCGUAUCAAAAAUCUGUGCCACGACAAUACAAUCAUUUUCCGGAUAUUCAAUAUGGAGCAUUCCUAGAAAGAAUUCUUAAGAAUUUAAGCGAUUUCAACUUUUCUAUUAAUAUUAUAAGUCUGACUCUGGUCUUGACCAAAUAAUUCAAACGCAGCUUCACUAUCACACCUGACAAGUACAUUUUGUAACCACAUUUAUCGAUCAUACACGUAAUUAGUCAUAAAUAGUAAUAAAUUUUGAUAGCCAUAAUUUAUAAGUAAUAAACUGAUUAACUUCACUGUCAGUAAUCACUGCCUAUUUUAAUGUUAUUAGCUAUUAUCUUUGAUAGCAAUCGUAUUAUGGAAUGUAUACACGAUGCGAGUUCUAGCCGUCGAUUUAACGCAAAAUAUAUUUUUCAGAUGGAUUCUACAUGUUUGAUGUUAAAGAACUUUUUUAGAUAUUUUUAUUGAUAUUAGAUACACGAUAAAUUUUUGAUUUGUAUAAUUAUUAAAAAUAAAUUUGUAUUGAUAACGAUAAACUAUAUAUAGCGAUUCUAUACUGUCAAUUUUAAUGUUAUAACUUAAUUUACUGCUAUCGAAUAUUUUUAUCAGAUCUUCUUAAAUAGUUCAAUUAUUACCUUUUAUUUUAUUUUCAUCACAACAACAAAUAAAUUAUUAAUGAAAAUUAAAUAAUAAUACACUGUGACGAUUCAGACGCGGCUACUUAUCGAUACGUGUGUACAAUCCCUUACUCGUUAAUGUUAUUAUUAUAAACGUUCCAACAACGGUGAACAGUUACCAUUAGAUUAGGAAAGGCGAUAAACGUCAAAUUAAAAAAUUAAGUAAUUACAACCAAAAAGUUCGUUCUAAGGACUUAGGUUCUAGGUAAUAAUUAUUCAUGCCUUAGAUCUAUAAAGAUCGACGUCAGCAGACUAUACUUAACAUUUUCACCACAUUAGGUCCCAAAACUUAUUAAACCAUGAAAAAUGGAAAGCAUUUCUUCCUAUUCUUAUUUCGAUAUAAAUUAUUCACACUUUAAUUAAAUUAUAUACAUAUUAUACUGUACAGUUAUCUCCAGUGACUUACGUUAUACAUCUGAAGGGUAAAGCUUGUGAUAUGUAUGUAUAUAUUCAUAAUUCUUGUCUAUUUUUUCAAUACAGAGAACACACAUAUUGUUAAGCGGUUAAAAGUAUUACAACACGUAGUUUAAAAUAAUAUAUACAUUCUUAUGAAAAUUACUUACUUUUUUCUACCCUUUGCAUUUUAUUUUUAUUGAAACGGACUUAAACAGUGUACGAUACGUCACAGAUCCGAUACAUACAUUAUACAAUACUACCAAGCUAACACCCACGUCCGUAGUUGAGCAAACAUAUGUAGAAUGAAACGAGCAUUAUUGAAAAUAUUUUAUAAUUAGAUAAUCCUGUUACCUGAUUGAGCGACACGUGUCCGUUCCUCAUCGUGUUACCAUUAGUUAAGUUAGUCUAUAAUUUUUUUUAUAAAUUGUAUAAAUUAGUUUCAAUACAACCGGUUAAAACACUGCCAUCAAAUGCCUAAAUAGAUUCUUAAAGUAAUUUUGUUAUACAUAUAUGUUUUAAGUUAGUGACAUUCGUGAAAUUAUUAGUUAAUUGUGAUAAUUGAACAGUGAUAGUUUAUUAAAAAAGAAAACGUACGAAAUUCAAAUUGAAAUCAUGCGUUCUAAGUUUCUCAGCGUUCGCGUCUGGCUCCUACGUCAUAUAUAUUGACAAUUUGGUUAAAUUACAUAAUAUAUUUAUUUAUUCGUUUAUAUCUAACUUAAAUUAUAAUUAGUCGAUAUGAACACCAUCAACACGACGGUGUAAAUCUAAAGUCUGAGGUAAAGAUGCCUUUAUAGAUUUUUAAUUGUGUAUGACGAGAAUCGUUAUUGUAACUAUGAUCGCGAUUAGUGCAUCGUUCUACUAAUAUUAAAGGUAAUGUAUGUAAGUAAUAUUGACACUUAUUUUGUUAAUAGCGUAGUUUAUUGUUAAGGCAAAAACUAACGGCAGAGUAUCAAAGGAAAUUUAGAUAUUAAGAAUGUUAUUGGCGUUGUACAAAGGAUAGUAUUGUUAGGGAAUAACUAUAAUGAAAUUGGCGCAUUACUGGCGAGUACCUAAUUAGAAUAGUACACGAAAAGCCCACGGAGGCUAUACAAUUAUUUGUAUAUAAAAUUAACUACAUGUGAAAUAGCCAUUCGCUUUUCGUUGCUCUCCUAAUUUAAAAAGCUGGUCUCUAAUGAAAUUUCCAAUUGCUUUUCGGUAAUAUCACGUAUUUCGUAUCGCUUGUUGUUGGUAGACGAUAAAUGAGCAAUGUGUCUCAAACAGUUAUUUCUGAUUAUGUACUGAUUUGAUAUAAGAAUAGUUCUUGGUCUCAAUGUUCUGGCAGCCCGGACUAGGAGUGGACUCGACUUGAGAAUUACUUGUAACUUUAUAUUGACAUAAUGGCCGUUCCAAUAAAAUAAAUAACAAACCUAUACUAAUAUCAUAAAUGAAAAAAAUAUUCACGUAACAUCAAUAUGAGUAAUUCAAAAGUCGACCACUUAUGUAUAAUAUUGCGAAAAUAUUUUGACUGAUAUGUAAUAGUAAUAAUGAUUAUGGUGUUAAUAUAUUUCUAAGGGUUUAACAAGAACUUAAUGCAUUUCACACUUUCUUUACAGUCCAUAAGACGAUAAUUAUUACAUCUAAGAUAUUGUGAGGAAAUAUUUUCACAUUAUUAAUGUAAGAUUUGUUGUGUAAAAACUAGCGUUUCAUGUACUUCGGAUAAAAGGAGGGUUGACUUGUGUACAUUAGACUUUGUAAUUAAAAUAGUUAAUAAAUCGAGUAUAAAGCAGUAAGAAAAUAUAUAUUUGGAAACGUUGACAAGUGUUUGUUGUAUGUAAUUACGUGUCACAGAUGGAUAUUUGAACUCUAAGUAUAUAAAUAUAUACAUAUAUAUAUAUAUUAGAUAUCUAUCCUUCAAGUUAUAUGUUUUAUCCAAAUAUAAAUUAUUCGUUUUUGUUACGAGUUCACAAACACGUUUCCCUUGUCUAUCUAAUUUUAUUUUAAAACGUAUUUUUCACUAAGUUUUCCGAGUAAUAAAACAAAUGCCACAUUAUCACCACGCAGUCUCACAGAAAGUGCCUGAAGUUCUAAACGUUUAGGUAGACAUUUUUUUAAAGAGUUCAGAGUGGUCGAGUGUGCUGCAUUUCACAAAAUACAUAUUGACGUAGCCCGUUCUUUUUUUAAAAUUCCGAUCUAGUAGAUCCACCCAUACUAUAUGUACUUACGAUUAUCGUAGUUUACACGACUAUUUCACUUAUUCCUUUGAGCUUGAUCGAUCGAUCGAUCGCAAAUUAUGAGAAAAUCAACUGUUAAUCGCUAUUUACUGAUGAUUUUAAGUUUAGUUCCGGUUAUUUUUUUAGAAUUUGCCUCAAAGUUACUCAAAACGAUAGUCCGAUACUGAUCACAACUGGCUACGUCAACACACAUAAUAUUAAAUAGUUGGGUUCGCUCAAUAUUAAGACUUAUCGCUUUCAGUACUAGCGUAUUCUUAACUAUAACAAUAAAUUAGGGUUCUAUGUUCACACGUAGCCAAUCACAUUAGUUGAUGAUUGAUGUACUGUUCUCGACGGAUUAAGGCUGUUGUUAUACAUUUUCGACCAAGUUAGGAUACAAUGACUGUUAAUACUUAUUCUGAUGUUUGUAUCGGUUUUUACGUCUCGUUCGAGUGGUGCGCCGGGUGUUAUGUUAGUCAAUGGAUGAACUGGUUUGCCAAGAGAAGUUACCUACAGUUGUGUUUAGUUAGCGAUGCAUAACGUGUUUGUACUUUAAUUUGUUUUUUAGUUGUACUCUUGGAAAUCAAUGGUUAAUAACUUAAGAGAAUAAAAUGUAUGUGAAAUAAAAAA